AUAAAAUUUUCAAUGCAACAAAUUAGUUAGCUCUGAACAGUUGUCAUAUAGAAAACAAUAUUUUCAUUUAAAAAUAAAAAAAAUUUUUUAAAAUGUUUAAAUCUCAACAUAUUUUCUUAUUAUUUGCUGUAGUCAUUUUAGUAGUGGCUAUUCAAGCAGAUGAACAAUGUGGUAAAAAUCAACAAUUCACCAACUGUGGUUCAGCUUGUCCACCCAAGUGUAAUGAUGAACCCGCUAAGAUCUGCACUUUGCAGUGUAUUAUCGGCUGCCAAUGUAAACCAGGAUAUUUGCUUAAUAGCAAAAAUGAGUGUGUAACACCACAGGAAUGUUAAAAAAAACUAUUUAAAAAAGUUUAAUUCAAAAAUCAAACAGAAGUGAUAAUAAAAAUUAAACAAAGAGCUUAAUUACUUAACAAUAAAUAUUAUUUUAUAUUCUAUUUA